AUGGCGGACUGCGCUCCACUAUUAGAUGAGGAACUCUCGUCCUUUGUCUUCAAUUACCUGACAGAAAACUCCGGCAGCCAGUAUGGGGAGGAGGAGGUGUGUUCGGACCGUUUGGACACUGACUUCCCGGACAUCGACCUCUCCCAGCUGGACACCAGUGACUUCGACAGCGUCAACUGUCUCAGUGAGCUGCAGUGGUGCAACGAUCAGGCUGCAGACGCGUCACCAGCCUCCAUCCACUAUAGUACGGCAGAUGAGCUCUUUGAGAUAGAAGAGGAGAAUGCGGCUCUGCUCGCCGCGCUCACCGACAGUUUGGAUGGCAUGGUGGAUGCCGAGGUGGGCGGGCUCUCCGUCUUCCCCGCCCUGGGAGAGGAGCCCAACCAGCAAGAGGAGGAAGAGGACAGUCUUCCUCUCAGCGCUGAGGACUUCAGCCAGUCUCUGGGGGCAGAGACAGAGGACCUGUCUCUACUAAGGAAGCUACUGCUGACUCCUCCCAACGUGCCCUCGGGCAUCGACGCACACAAAGAUGGAGUCCAUGGCCAUCGCUAUAGCAACAGAAGCCUGCAACUACGGACGGUCAGACCUCUGGUCAAGACUGACCUUCCUCAGGAGCGGAAGCCCCGGGCCGUGCGUCCAGCGGGACGCCUCUGCACCGAGCUCCACCGCCACCUCACCACCGCCCAGGACGCAGAGGACGCACCGGCCCCCGACACAGAGGAGGAUGAAGAGGAAGAGGAGGACGAGGACAGUGAGUCGGAGGAGGACGAAGAGGAGGAAGGUGAGGAGGAAGAGGAGGAGUCUUCCAGCAGCGAGGUGGAGGGCGCUGCGGUUGCGGCUUCCGUCCCAGCCGAGCCGGCAAAGCCUCAAUUCAGCUCAGAGAAAGAACUGCACUCGGUGGUGGAGCUGAUCACGUACAUGCACACCUACUGCCUGCCCACGCGUAAGCAGCAGGCCUGGGAGCGCAAAGACCUGCCGAGGUCCAGGGCCCGACCCGAGGCCUCCCGCCCGGCUGCCACAAACUCUGUCAGUAGAGUUGUCUUAGUGUCCACUCCGGGGACUAGUGGGGGCUUGGCUGGGACGGGCAGUGGCGCCCCCAGGAGGCUCCCCUUUGCGAGGCAGAGGGAGAUGAAGGCUAACUCCCUUCUCCGUGAGCUCCUGCAGCAGAGCAGCUCUUUCGAUGUGAGCAAGCCUUACAGACUGCACAGCCCGCCCUACUCCCUCUCCCACAGCCCGAUCAGAGGAAUACCUGCUCCCUUUGCCUCGGCUAAAUCACACCCUGCCCCGUCCCAGACCUCCACCGCCCCAAAACCUGAGCUACGCAAAGACUCUUCCUCCCCCGAAUGGAGAAACUGCCCGUAUGAGGAGGCUCAAAAACCGGAGGAGGCCGCGGAGGACAGCGGCUCCUUCUCAGUGCGGCGUUCCCGGCGUCUGGCCUCUUUCCCCAGCCGCUUCGCUAAGAGGCUGCGGCCUGGACGAGCGAGGGAAGAAGAGGGGAAGGAAAGGCAGAGGGAGGAGGAGGGAGCAGGGGUCAAACUCCUGCCAACCCAAGCAGGAGGUGGAACCACGACAGAGGCAAGGCCAGAACCUCUUACGUCCAGCAUUGGUGCAAUGGAACCAACUAAUUCCUGUUGCCACAAUGAAAAGCGAGCCUGUCUCUGUCUGCCUCUGAACCCCAAAUCCACAGGAGAGUCCCAGUUCAGCACCAAGCCUUUUGAGCAGACGCUCAGUGUGGAUCUAUGUGGAACAGCAGGUCUCACCCCUCCCACCACCCCACCUCACAAACCAGUGGAGGACGAGCUCUUCAAGCCGGCAGAGGGAGGAAAGGUUAGCGGGGGAUCGGGUGGCAGCAGCAGCGACGACGGUGGAGGUGGCGGCAGUGAAUCUGUUCAUCCGACAUCGAACGCCAACGCUGCAACGAAGGGCUCGUCUUGGCUGAGCCGCGCCCACCACCAGAGGAAGCUUCCAGAGCAGACGGAGCUGUACGCCCAGCUGCGGCGCAUGGGCCAAGCGGUUGACAGCGACACCCACCGCAACUUUGGUGACCACGACUACUGCGCGCUGAGUCUCGGGGAGAGCCGCAAGCGCAGCGCCGCCAUGCUUGGCACCAUGUUGCAGGCACAAGGAGGAAGUAAUGGAGUCACAUCCAAAGCAGCUGACGAUCAGGUAGCGGGUGGGAAGGAAAAGGGGGAGGGGCUGGUGAUGUCAGAGGACGCAGAGCCGAAGGAGCAGCGGACAACCUUGGUUAUAUCGUCUUCGCCGCCCUCUGAGUCCCAGUCGGCAUUUCGCUCAUCAUCACCCAUUCCACCCUGUCCAGACUCCCCCGCCAGCAAGACAGACUCCAGUGAGAACUCCGAGAUCUGUCCCGACGACAAGCAGAGGAACAAAGCCAAGUCUGACGAGGACAACUGCCAGGUGUUUUACAUCCACAACCUGCCAAGCAGCGUGACCCAGAACAUGCUGAGGAAACGCUUCCAGGUUUUCGGCAAACCAGAGGACUGCAAAGUCAUCAUCUGUAACGAGGAACGCUGUGGGGUGAUAAAGAUUCGCCAGGGAGGGGUUCAAAGACACUGGAGAGAACAGGAGACAGUUUUCCAAAAUGGACCUGCGGGCCUGAGGAGGCUGACGAGGAAACGCUACAUAGACCUUGAUGAGGCUGGUCCAGGCCCCGUCAAGAGCAAGUAUGAUGCACUGGACUUUGACACUCUGCUGAAGGAAGCCCAGAAGUCCCUCCACCGCUGACAGCACAGCGCCCUUGACUGGCCAGCCUUAGUAAACCGCAGCAACAUCCCUCCAACUACACAGCUCUGCCCUCAGAAAGGCCUCUGGGUACCUCCAUGCAAGGCAACCUCUCAAAAUGUUUACAUUUUUACCAUUGGAAUAAAGUAAGGACCUUGUUGUUUUUUUAAGUUUCUUUCACCGGAGGAUACUGCUUAAAAACGAGGAAGCCACUAGGAGUCUGGACGGGUAAAGAGACGAUGGAGGGAACAAGACUUUUAACAGCAAUGGUACAACAACCACAAACAAUAAUGAUACAGUUGUCUGCUGAACAACAACAACAACAAAGCUGCUUCCUGUCUGUGUUGGUGACAUCAUCGCCCUGCCUUGGAAGCGCAGGUGUGAGAGACCUCUGUAGCAAAUCCUUGCUAUCCCUGCAUUGCGUUGGUCGUCGUGGUGUGUGUUUCUGCGUGUGCGUGUUCUUUGUUCAGUUUGUUUUGUAAAAAAAGAACGAAAAAAACCUCCCGUUUUCCAACCAGGGGUGGUGAACCUGCUGCGUUCACCGAGAAGUAAAAAAAAAACAAUUACCCUACUUUGUUUUAGCGAAAAAUUGUGGAUGUUAUAAAUUUUAAAAAGCUAUUGUGUGUGUGUUAUGGACAAAGAAUAUAACAAAAACAUUUAACGUAAUCAUUUGAUGACUGAUAAAAGUUUACAAAUCUAAAAUGAAGAAGAAAAAAAUCCUGUUUUUUUCUUUUUUGUAAUUGUAGUGCUUCCUUGAUUUGAUCUAUGCACUGUAAGGAGGUAAAUGUCUCCGCUGUCCUCCACUUUCCCCCUGUGACUCUAAUCACUAACUCUGUCAUGCUGAAUAUUUUGGCUUCUGCUACUGGCUGCUGCAGGCUCUGUGUGAUAGGCGCUUCGUUUAUUAAGACCCCCGACUUGGACUUGGGGAAAAAAUUUACCUUGUUAGCGUUUCCAACCAAUUCAAACAAAAACGUAUCCUUGGAAAGCACUUACCUUGAAUGUUUCUUAUAUUGUGAUAUGUUAAAGUAGGCUGAGUUGACCCUGAUUUGAUUGGCUGCCGUUGACGUCAACGUCUAUGACAUAACUAUUGUAAAGUUUCGUUUUCUUUUUAUAAAAGAUAAUGAUCGGACUAUUGCAAAAUUCUGCGAGUGUACGAAAUCAGGGUGAUUUAAUGGAGUAAACACCAACAUGGUUCCCUCAAACUUUGGCGUUUUUGUGUUUUGAUCAAGUAACAGCCAUCCAUCCUAGAAGUUAAAUCUUCGUUGAGCCCUUCCUCUAUUUCUUCGAAAGUAUGAAAAAAAGGGACCAGAAGCAAAUUUGUUCAUGUCUCCAGACUUUACACUACUGGAAACCCUUUGCAGAAAAUGUGACAAAACAAUAGUUUGUGCUUCAUUGGCUGAUACCAGGUAAAUUUCUUCCACAUCUCGACGGGUCUUGAUCUCUGAUGGGGUCCCUCUGAACAUGUGUCCAACAAAGGCUGCAGCCUAAUGACAACCCCCCAAUGUCACAGCCAAUGCAACAGUUACUGUUUACAUUUGGACUGCAGCAAGCAGAACUGAAAUGGGCAAACAAAGAUGGAAGCCAUCUGCGCUUUUAUACCACACCUGAUAUGAAUUCACCACAUCCGCACUUUGUCCAGAUCUUCCCAGUCCGGUUUUCCAUCACAUAGAAACCCAUCAGUCGUUACAAGACGGAGAGCUGUCAAUAGAAUUCAUCUAUUUGGAUUGUCCAGGAAUCCCUUGUAUCUCUGCGACAUUGGCACUUGUAAUGGCAUUUCAAAAAGUACAGACCAAUUUGCUGCAUAUAAUCCAAAUGGAAUGUAUUUAACAAUCUGAAUGUAAUCAUCGCGUUUUCCCCACUUCUGCUUGCCCAAAGAUUGUGGAGCUUUUUGGUGCUUUUAAAAAAAAGGGUUAACCUCACUUUGUCGUCUGGUCGACCGCGUGCUACCGAUUCCAGCUAGAAGGGCAGUCUGGGUUACAGCGCCUACUUUACAGUCCUCCUACAGCCAGUAGCAGCCAUCGUCAAAAUGAAGAUAAAGCCUCCGAGCCUGCCAAUCCGGUGGCACCAAACCGCCACAUCUGCAACACAGCCAGGGAACGAGUGAGGUGUGGGCUUGAAAGUAACGAAAAGAGCAAUCGGACAAGAAUGCGAUGUCUCGUCCGGGAGGUACUGUAUCAGCUGAGCAUCUCUACCUCACAUCCAUCCAUCCUUGCUCCCCUUCUUCUUAUUUCUAGAUGCUCCUCCUCCUUCUCUUUUAUAGGUCUAUCCCUCUUUAUUUUUUUUUAUGUCUGGUGUGUUCUCUGUGUGAGGUUUUCCCCAACCGAUGGGCGGUUAUAGGUAGUGUGGGGGUUUGUGUUUGUUUUUUUAUAUAUACUUUACGACUCCCUCUACCGCUAAGUCCCUUGUAAGAGGAAUAAUCUCUGUCUUUCUACUACUCUAUCCUUCGCUUGCCUCAUAACGGUUUUAAGCGUGUCCGUUUCUUGGAGUCUCAAUAGUGUGUCCUUGUGAGUGUUGUCUUUGUCUCGUGUUUUGAGUCGGACACUGCUGACGCUUGCGGGUUGGUGAGGAAGGGUCGGGAGGGGUUGAACGGUGGCUUGGUGGUUGGUCGGUACCCGAGUGCACUCGGAUUGGAAGAUUCCUAAUCUUUGUUUCUUUGGGGACACACCAUCCAUCCGGACUUCCCUGUUCCACCUCUCCUCGGCUGAGGAUUUCAAUAAAACACAGCCGGACUCUUCCUCCGUCUCUAUCUCUAACUCUGUCGCUUUCUGGAUUCAACAUCUCGUGUAGAGGUUGAGUCCAAACCCUGGUAAAGUCCUCCUUUUUAACAAAUAACCGCUCUUUCCCCCGUUCUCCUACCUUGUUCUUUCUCUAUCUAAUCAACUCCUUGGUAACACACACAAAAAAUUGAAUGUUUACAUCACUCGAUUCUCCUUUGACUUUAUUAGGAACGCACACUAAGUACAAAGGCGCCUUAUUCAGUGUUUUUAA